AUGUCAGUUGAGUCGAAAGAAGAUGAGUCUGCGCCAGUUUGGGAACCCAGCUGGCAGCUCAAGUGUAUAUUCGCCGUUGUCGGUCUCUUGAACUUUGUCGCUGCUCUCGAUGCAACGUCCCUCUCAGUCUCUCUGCCAACUAUCUCUGAUGACCUUGGUGGGACAGCAACCCAAGCCUUCUGGGCCGGCACAUCCUUUCUAGUCGCAUCAUGUGUCUUCCAACCCGUCUUCUGUCUCGCAUCUGAGAUCUUCGGCCGCAAGUAUAUUCUUCUUCUUGCAGUUGUCGCGUUUACACUCGGUUCGAUUCUCGGUGCUGUUUCUCAUGCCUUCACUCUCCUGCUUGUCGGCCGCUCGAUCCAGGGUGUGGGUGGUGGAGGCAUCAUGGCACUCACAGAAGUCCUUAUUGCCGAUCUUAUUCCUCUGAGGGAAAGAGGGAAAUGGUUCAGUAUCCGGUCUGGGACAUGGGCAUUGGGUACAGUGACAGGUCCCUUAAUUGGCGGUGCUUUAACACAGUCAUCUGCGUCUUGGAGAUGGAUAUUUUGGAUCAACCUGCCCUUUUGUGGACUGGGCCUGAUCUUAGUUCCUAUCUUUCUGAAGUUGCAGAGAACUCCUGUUCCGCUGCGAGAAAAUCUCCUCAAGGUUGACUACGCCGGGAUUGUCUUGUUUGUGGCCUCUUUGUCUUCGUUCUUGAUCCCUCUUACCUGGGGCGGCAUCAUGUACCCCUGGGACUCGUGGCAUACGCUCGUUCCUCUGCUGCUCGGCGCCGCUGGUUUAGCUGGCUUCAUUGUCUACGAGAAACUAGGCGCUGGUCAACCUCUAAUACCCCUCGCUAUCUUCAACAACAUCACUCAGUCCGUCAGCUACGCGAGCACUUUCCUUCACGGCAUGAUUCUCUGGGCCAUUGUCUACUACCUGCCACUAUACUAUGAAGGAGCCUUGGGAUAUAGCCCCGUUAUUGCUGGGUUGGCUGUAUUCCCAGAGUCUCUCACCGUAGCGCCCAUCUCAGUCAUCACCGGAAUCGUCGCCGCCAAAGUUGGAAGCUACCGGUGGGCUAUAUGGUACGGAUGGCCAAUUACUGCCCUAGGCAUUGGUCUUAUCUGCUAUUUGGACAAUGACUCUACCAUUCCGCAAUGGGUAUUUAUCAACCUGGUGGCUGGCAUCGGGCUUGGAAUUCUGUAUCCCGCCGUUAUGCUCGCUGUCCAAGCCGCUGCAGAUCCGGAAUAUCUAACGAUCUCUGUCACAAUGACACCCUUCUUCCGAGUCCUCGGUCAAGCAGUUGGCGUUGCAGUUGGCGGUGUGGUCUUCCAGAACCGCAUCAAGCAUGAGUUCAGCAACUACCCCCAGCUCGGACGCUCAGCAGCUCUCUAUGCACAAGAUGCGUCGAGCUUGGUGCAGUAUAUCAAGACCCUUCCGAGGGAUGGUGCUGAGCGUGAGUUGAUUGAGACGUUGUAUGCAAAGUCCCUGUCUACUGUCUGGGCUGUGAUGUGCGGGAUUGCAGGACUCGGCAUGGUGACGGCUAUUUUCACGAAGGGGUAUACCUUGAACCAGGCGUUUAGCUCCAAGCAAGGCCUGAAAGAGUCAGCUUUCCCUGACGUUGAGUCAAGUGGGUCUACGAAUGUGGUGAACGGCUGUCAAGAUGAAUGUAGCGAUGGUACCCUGGCUUAA